UACAAAUUUUCUAGAGACAGAGAGAAUAAAAUGAUUAUGAUCUUGGUUCUGUUCUUAUUGAUUUAAAUCUCCACAUUUUUUCUUCAUACAAUACAAUGAUGGAUCCGGAUAUGUUUGCAGAAGAUCCCUCCUUUGUUGAGGAAUUCGACAUAGAUUUCGAAUUCGACGCUCCAAGAUUCUAUGAUUUCUCCAAACCGGAACUCGAUUCAGAAACAGAGGAAACAGAGCUUUGGUUUGAAUCAGCUGGAAACUAUCCUCCUUCACAAUUUAGUUUAAAUCUGAGCUGUAUAUUCGACGAUAAGCAUCUAAAGAUCCCUAAACCCGUCUCGGAUAAAUACAACGGGUUCAUUUAUUACAACCAAACUGCUAAAAAUGUUCCCAAGUCGACGCAAAAGUCUAAAAUAAAACCUUUCUUACGAAAGAACUCGACUUUGACGAGACCCACUGCUUCUUUAUUGGCGAGACAGAACAAACCUCUUGACAUUUACUCUGUUCAGCUUCUCACAAGAUGUCAGAGAUCAUUAGGGAAGCUCGAAAGCAAGAUCUCCCCCUCUAUCUUAUUAUCAAUGCCUCAAACACAAGAUACCAAAAGGCAAAAACUUGAGUCUGGCUUCUUGCGCAAGAUAUCAAGGUUGGAGCAAACUCCCUUUGUACAUAAGGUUCCAAAGAAGGUAUCAAAAGUAACUGUUCCAAAGGAACCUAACCUUAAGACUGCCCAAAGAGCUACAAAACUGCGGUUUAAGGCUAGUUCAGCACCUGAGCAAGUUGAGAGAUUUAGCUCUACAAUGAAUAAAACAGCUCAAGAAAGUUCUUUGACAUCUUUGCAUCGCUCUCAAGAUUUUCAUGAAUUUCAUCUAAGGACAUCUCUUAGAGCCAAGGAACGCUCUUCUAAUGCUAAAAAUGCACCCACGGAUGAUCGUACUCACUCCCUAACGUCAAAGUCCGUUGUGCCUAGAAAGGGUAGGAGAGUGAAGGAAUCUCACAGCUCAAAGACAAAUAUUCAAGUUUAUGAAUCAAAGAUUAGCCAUCUAGAAUCAAAGGCAUCAAAAAAAUUUGGUGAAGCAAUGGAAAUUAAACAUGAAAACAAGUUUCUGAGGAUGGAGAACCACCGUUGUUUUAGUUCACUGAAGGAAUUUGAAGCUCCAAAGGUCACGAACUCCCAAGAUGAACAUUUUAUUGAAUCUCUCAGAAAAGUAAGUGAGCAUUUUAUCAUAUUCAGCUUGUAUUAAAUUUGUGUUUUCUUAUGAAAUUAACAAUAUUACCUUUUUCCUACAGCUAUGUCUCACUUCCGAUACUGAUUUAGUUGCUCCUUGUAUCUCAUCUACAUAGAGAAUUUUCAAGAUAUUAUUUUGCUUGUACAAAUUAGACAUGGCUAUGAAGAGAUUUGAGAGUUUUAAUGCGCGGGAGGGAUCAUGCACAGGUAUUUGAAACCUAGUGCCUUGCUCUGUCUCAUCAUUUACUUGUUAUAUUUGGACCAAACAACACAUCUCCAUCAAAUCAUAUUUCUUAAACGAGUUUGAAUUUUUGUUGCAGGACAUUCAUCAGGAAGUGCCCAAUCGCUCCUUGAGUUUCACAGUUCUCUUAAAGCAUAUUAUAUAUGUGCUCUUAUUAGAUGGUAGAAGUUUCAUAAAUUUGCAAUGCUUGUGUUUGAUCAUCAAUGAAUAAUGUACAAAAUUUAUACAUUGUGAUAGAAGCAGAGUCCUUAAUGGAUGUGUGUGCUUUAAAGAGGAGACUGAAAUACUUUUAUCAGUGUUGCGAAAAAAAAAGACUUUUAUCUAACUCGUGAAAUGGGUUGUUCUGGAAAGACAUUUUCCACAAUUUUGACAAUGAACCUCCAAACAUAUCUGGUUUCUUACGUUAAACAUAAAUUGACCUAACUUAAUUAUUUCGUACUGUUAUUGAAAUGUUCUUGAGAAUUAAAAUAAAUCAUGCAUGGAGUUUGUUUGGUAGUAGUAGGUGGAGCUCAUGGGAAAAGUGGCGCCACGUAACUGACUCAUGUUGCUAUUU